AUGGGCGCGCGCGCGACGCCGUCGAGGACCACGGCGGCGAAGCAGCGGCGGGGGCUCGCGACGGCGGCGCGGGCGCCGGGCAGCGCGGGCCAGCUGCGGGCGCCGGUCCGCGGCGGGCCGCGGCGGGCUCAUACAGCGCCGGUCGAGGGGGUGGUCACGCGCAGAAAGGCGCUGGGGCGGAAGUUCACGCUCCGGAGUGCCGGGUUGCCCGGGAGCGAGUCGCGGGGCGCGAACGUGCCGCGGAAGCAGAUGCGGGGCGCGUCCGGCACGGUCGGGCGGCACGUGCCUGCGCCGCAGCUCGCUGCGGUGCCGGUUGUGUCGCACACGGCCACGUACGUGCCGGCGAAGGUCGAUCAGCGUCUCAGGCCGCAGACGGGCGCGAUCGCGCGGGAGUGGAAGGAGCUUGCGCGCGCGCGGCAGGACAGCCUGGAGCAGCGCGUCAGGGCGCAGGCGCAGCGGGCGUGCGUCGACGGCGUCCUAGGCGGGCUCGUGCUGAGCACGCUGCGUCCCGCGGGGCAGCUGUGGCGCACCGCACGAGGCGUGGUGCGCGUGCACCCGCUGCGGGCCCGGCUCGAGUACGGCGACAUUCUGCCGAAGCACGUGGUGGAGGCCUACGUCGGUGUGCGGACGGCGGGCGCGACGUGCAAGCCCUGCCUGGCGUGCAUGGCGGCGGAGAGCGCCAUGUGCCUGCACCCGCCGGGAGCGGGCGAGAUGUGGCGGCGGGGGGACCUGCUCGAGGAGAAGCACGUGGCGGCCGCCGGGGACCGGGACUUCGAGCCGAGCCCGCCCGACAGCGGGAAGAGCGACUGGGAGGUGCUCGGCGACGCGCUGGAGCGCAAGAUCGUCACGCGGGAGAACGCGCGGCUGGUGCUGGACCACACCAUGGCGGUCCUGCGGGGGGUGUUCGGGGACGAGGCGUGCGAGGACUACGCGCGGCACGCGCCCCCGAUGUACGUGGGCGUGUGCAAGCUGCUGGAGCGGCCGGCGGACGAGUGGACGAAGAGCAAGCCUUGA